AUGGCAUCUGGCCAGGACGUAGCUCACAAGAAGCAGCAAGAAUUGCAAUUACAGUACACCAACUAUAAGAAUACCUUACAAUCGCUGGCACAGAAGGUCGGAGAGAUCGAACAAGAGAUAGAAGAACAUAAGCUCGUCACCGAAACUCUGCAGCCACUUCCGGCCGACCGCAGGUGUUUCCGAUUGAUCAACGGCGUGCUUGUUGAGAGGACUGUCAAGGACGUCUUACCGGCGCUCAAGACAAACUCAGAUGGAUUGAAGCAAGUGUUGGAAGAGUUGGUGAAACAAUAUAAGACCAAGCAAGACGAGAUGGACAAAUGGAAGCGAAAGAACAACAUUCAAGUGGUCGCAAAUUAG